CUAGGCCCAACGCUUGGCAACCUCGAUAAAUCUAACAGUAAGUUGUUCAGACCUAAUGGCGACCUCAGAGAUUCCAUUUAUAGAGUUGUUAAAACUGUGAACAAUGUCAUGCCCAACGGUAAAGACGUAUCGACAGACUCCUGGUCAUCACAAAGUAAAGUUUGUGGAAGUCAAUCGAAGAAUCUAACGAACACUUCACCACAAGAAGACGCAGGGGGGUGUACAACCCCGAAUGAAAAUCUCAGAUAUGUCAGAGAGCGGUCACUGAUUGCAAUAUCAGGAGAAAAACUGACGGCAUUAAAGCAUCGAGCGAGGCAGCUUGAGGAGUCUCUCCACGACGCAAUCUCC